CGAAACGCCCGGUGGUGCCGCGUGGUGCCGGUUCUGCGGCAUGCCUCGUCUCUUCAAGGGCCAAGCGUUGUACGUGGUGGAGGAACAUCAGCUGGUUCCGCAGAUAGUGCAGGAGGUGACAGAAGCCGCCAAAACAGCCAUCGAUGCCAAGGGAAGCUUUAGUCUUUGUGUGGCAAGGCCAGUCAUACCAGCUCUAAAAGACUUGUCGCCUGAAGCGCUGGAUUGGAGCAAGGUGAGCGUCUUCUUCACAGGAGAGCUUCUGGGCGCCAACAAAGCCUACACGGAAGCCCUCGAAGCAUUCUGCAGGAAGUGCGGCAUUCAGGGCGUCUUCUACCCUAUCUUGCGGCCGCUCUUCAGUACCGGCUCCGGGUUACCACCCUUCGCAGUGAAGGAGGCAGCGGCGGCCUACGAUGCCCUGCUAAGGAAUCAUCCAUCCAUCGACAACUCGGGGAAGGUCCCAUCCUUUGACUUGGUGUUGCUGGGACUUGGAGAUGACGGUCACAUUGGGUCCCUACAGCCUGAGAGCCAAGAGAUCAGAGCCAAGGGAGAAGCGAUGUUGAGCAUUUGCCAGCCGGGCAAGAACGAGAUUGCCGCCUCCAUGGAUUUGAUCUGUGCGGCCAAAAGGGCCAUAGUGAUGGCCAGUGGGUCACCAAAGAAGGAUGCACUGCGACAAGCGUUGUCCAAGGUGCACGGGCCCUACGAUUGCCCCGCGGCUUUGGUCAAGGCCCAGUCGACAAGUUGGUUCGUGGACAAAGCCGCGUUCGGCGACUUUGACAGGACCUCCACCUUGCAUGGUGGUCUGCCCAGUAUGCUGCCCAUGGAACGCCUCGAGGAAUUGAAGGAAACUGCUCGGAAGCUUUGUGCACCAGGCAAGGGUUUCCUGGCUGCAGAUGAGAGCGCUGGGCCUUGGCUUCGGGCAGGGCAUGCUGAGGCAGCUCAGAUACCAGAUGUGAUCGAGAACCGGGCGGCAUACCGAUCGCUGUGCUUCUCAACUCCCGGUUUGAGCGAAAGCAUCAGCGGAGUGAUUCUCCACUGGGAGACGCUGUUUCAAGAGGAUGCAACUGGAAAGGCCAUGGUGGACAUCAUCAAGGGGAAUGGCAUGAUUCCUGGUAUCAAGGUGGACAAGGGCUACAACAAGAAGGGCAUCUGGGGAACCUCAACGGGUCCCUUGGGACACCCAGAGGUGGCCACCUUAGGCUUGGAUGAUUUGCAGCAAAGGUGCCAGCAGGCCUACAAGGAGGGGGUGCGCUUUGCAAAAUGGCGCAACGUUUUGCAGAUGGAUCCCGCUAAAGGAUUGCCAAGUGAGUUGGCUAUCAAGGACACAGUGCAUACCUUGGCACGCUAUGCCUCCAUCUGUCAGAGCGAGGGGUUGGUGCCCAUCGUGGAACCCGAAAUCGUGCCCAACGGAGAUCACGACAUCUACUACUGUGCAGAGGUGACAAGCAAGGUCUUGGCUGCGCAGUUCAAGGCAUUGUCAGCUCACCAUGUCUACUUGGAGGGUGCUGUGCUGAAGCCCAACAUGGUGAAGAAUGGCCUGGGUGGCCCGAAAGCCACGGCUGAGACCAUUGCGACCCUGACUUGCCAAACUUUGCUGCGCACUGUGCCUCCCUCCAUGCCGGGCAUCUUUUUCUUGUCGGGUGAGACAGCUCUGAAUGAAGACAACGAGGAAGAGGCAACCAUCAACUUAAGCACCAUGAACAGUCUGUUUGCCGGCAAGCUGCCGUGGCACCUCUCCUUCUCCUAUGGAAAAGCUUUGCAGAAGACUUGUAUUGUCACUUGGCUAGGCAAGGCUGAGAACAAGGAUGCUGCCCAAAAGGCCUUGAAGGCACGAGCCAAGGCAAACUCUGAUGCUUGCUUUGGCAAGUACAAAGCCGGCAGUUGUGCCAGUGUCGGCACUGACGGCAACGUGAUGCAAGCUGCUGGACCUUACUGA